GCGGACAACUGCUCUCUCCCUGCGGCGCUCCUGCACGCGCUCGCGCUGCUGACCGUUACUCUCGCCGCUCACGCGCCCUAUGGGAGGCUUUUGAAAAGUGGGGUCAUGAAGCUGGAAGAGUAUGAGACUACGGUACCACUGCUGCUGGAUGGAAAAAAGCAACACCCAAUCAGCUGGCUUCGCUCUAGGAGUCCUCCAGCUUUACUUCAGAUAUUGAUAGAGGCAGGAGGCCAGCAGUUGAUCCUCUCACUGAAGAAGAAUGAGGGUCUCUUUAGCAGCAAUUACAGUGAAACCCACUAUAGAGAGGAUGGACAAACAGUCACUCAUAAAUCUAUGGUGAACUGCUAUUAUCACGGCGAAGUUGAAGGACACACGAAUUCAGAUGUCAGCCUCAGCACUUGCUCCGGUCUCAGGGGGUUCAUCUUACUUACAAAUGAGCUGUUCAUGGUGGAGCCUGCUUUUGUGCAAGAGAACGGUACACACUUAUUUUACAGAGGAGAACAUUUACGAUUCCCUUCUGGAACCUGUGGUCAUGGGCACAACAUGUCCACCAUCAACCAAGGGAAUGUCCGGGAACUGUUACAGUCCUUCAACACCAGGCAUAAAAGAGAUGCACAGAAGACCACCAAAUAUGUGGAGCUCAUUAUUGUGGCAGACAACAGGGAGUAUCAUAAACAUGGAAAAGAUGUAGAGAAGGUGAAGCAGAGGAUGGCAGAGAUUGCUAAUUAUGUGGACAAGUUUUACAGGGUUCUAAAUAUCAGGGUAGCACUGGUGGGGCUGGAGGUUUGGAGCGACUCUGAUAAAUGUUCAGUGACACAGGACCCAUUUACCACACUGCACGAGUUUCUAGACUGGAGAAAACUCAAACUGCUACCUCUCAGACCUCAUGACAAUGCUCAGCUUAUCAGCGGUGUGUAUUUCCAGGGUACCACCAUUGGCAUGGCCCCCAUCAUGAGCAUGUGUACUGCAGAGCAGUCUGGAGGAAUUGUCAUGGAUCACUCAGACAAUCCACUGGGAGCGGCCGUAACCUUAGCUCACGAAUUAGGCCACAACUUUGGAAUGAACCACGACACUCCAGAGCGGGGGUGUGGCUGUGGGAUGACAGUGGAACGUGGAGGCUGUAUCAUGACACCAUCCACAGGGUACCCAUUCCCCACUGUGUUCAGCACAUGUAGCAAGAAGGAUCUUGCAGCCAGUCUGGACAAAGGAGUGGGGAUGUGUCUUUACAACAUUCCAGAGGUCAAAGUGCUGUAUGGAGGACAGAAAUGUGGCAAUGGUUAUGUGGAGGAGGGAGAGGAAUGUGACUGCGGAGAACCAGAGGAGUGUGUGAACCCAUGCUGCAACGCAACUACUUGUACUCUCAAAGAAGAUGCUGUAUGCGCCCAUGGACAGUGCUGUGAGGAUUGCAAGUUGAAGCCUGCCGGAACCCCAUGCAGAGAGUCGAGUAACUCAUGUGACCUGCCUGAAUUCUGCACUGGUUUGAGUCCCCACUGCCCGGCCAAUGUCUACCUGCACGAUGGGCACGCAUGCCACGCCAUUGACGGCUACUGUUACAAUGGCAUCUGCCAAACCCAUGAACAGCAGUGCAUCACACUCUGGGGUCCAGGGGCCAAACCUGCCCCUGGUAUCUGCUUUGAAAGAGUGAACUCAGCUGGAGAUCCCUAUGGCAACUGUGGCAAGGAUUCCAAAGGCUCCUUCGCCAAAUGUGACGCACGGGAUGCUAAAUGUGGCAAAAUCCAGUGCCAGGGUGGUGCAAAUCGACCGGUAAUUGGAACCAAUGCUGUUUCCAUAGAGACCAACAUCCCCCUGCAUGAAGGGGGGCGUAUCCUGUGUCGGGGGACACAUGUAUACCUCGGGGACGACAUGCCUGACCCAGGACUAGUGCUGACUGGCACCAAGUGUUCUGAGGGCAUGAUGUGUUUGAACAGACAGUGUCAGAAUGUCAGUGUGUUUGGAGUGCACGAGUGUUCAGGGAAAUGCCAUGGCAGAGGGGUCUGUAAUAAUAAGAAAAACUGCCACUGUGAAGCUCAUUGGGCACCUCCAUUCUGCGAGACGACAGGGUUUGGUGGCAGCGUGGACAGUGGACCAAUGAGAUUGGCAGCUGAUAGUCGGCCCGUCACCACAGGCGUGCUGGUCACUGUGUUCUGCCUGUUUGCGGCUGGCUUGCUCAUCUGCUUGAAGAGGAAGACUCUGCUCCAGCUGCUCUUUACUAAUAAGAAGAGCACGAUUCAGAAGCUCAGAUCAGUGGGAUGGAGAAGAUCGGCCAGUCCAUCACACUCACAGCCUGUGUACAGAGACUCUCCCCAGCACAAAUCCCCAUCUGGAACUGCUAACUGUAGGUUAGAUAAGCCCUGUCAUCUCAGUGCCGAGCCUCUUCUGCCUCCUACUACAUUCCACCCUCACAGUCUGCGACGGUUUCCUCACUGCCCUGCUCAGUGCCAACCCCUCCACAUCAGCCACCCCAUUCCAAUAACGCUGGGUCUGGGUGUGACUGCUGGUCUACUGGCUCCGCCCCCCGUGCCUCCCCACAGGCCUCUGCCCAGACACACUCAGUCUCCCGUGAGAGCAUCUCCUUUCUUUACCCUCCCACGACAGCCAGUCUUCAUGGCCAAUCAGGACCAUGAGAAGCCCAGUCCUCCCCAAAAGCCACUGCCUGCAGACCCCCCAGUUAGAGGUUACAGAUUGGCAAGGAGCACAUCAGCAGUUGGAGUGCAUACAUCCAGCACCGGUGCUCUUUCUAUUCCAAUCCCAACUGUACCACGGCCCCCACCUGCUAUACCACAGCCAGCAAGGCCAACACCAAGGUUACCACCGUCUCUAUAUGAACGCUGACACGAGCUCCUGAUAAAAUCAAGGACGAAUUCCACCAGCGAAUGGACAUUUUUAUUUGCACUAUGAAAACUCGAGUGGACCCACUGCACACCCCUGUGGAACUCCUUAGAGUAUCUUUGAGAAAGAAGUGGAACUGUGCUAACUUCUUGGUGCUGUGGCUCACACAAGGUGCUCAGCGUCCUCACUCAGGUACUGUAGAAAUGAGAUGUAUAUUUAUUGUCAUACGAACACAAUGCACUGUGGUCAACACUUUUUCUAUGGUGGUUAUUAUUGUGACCUUUUUAAUACCAUGUUUGUGCUUGUCCUUUUGUCAACACUAUGGACACAUUGAUUUCGAAUCAUGAGACUGUUUUAUUCAAAGUUUUAUUCAAGUUAGUCUGUACUAAAGCAAAAAAAAAAAACCUGUGAUGUUCCUGUAAAUAAAAAUAUGAAUGGGUGUUGUAAAAGUACUAGAUCUACGUACGCUCUGUGUGGCAUAGAAACUGGAGUAUGAACAGAACAUACUUGAAGUUUGAAGGUGUAUGUACAUACACAUUCAGCAGAGAUUUCAAACAUAAAACAUUUCUCUUGAGGCAUAUUUUAGUGAAAACAUACUUGCAAGUAAAAAAUUGGACAGACGUUAUAGUGACUAUAUCAACGAGCCUGCAGUAUAUUUUAAUACCUAGUUGUUCUAGAUCCACUAAGAAGGAACUACAACUAAAAACAUACAGAAAUAAAAAUGGAUUGUUAUCUUGCUCAGUUUUGUUUUCAGCUAUAAUGCUGGCUAAUGCAGACUGGAUGCUGUAGUACUUCUGUUGAUGUCCCACCAGGACAUUAUUUAAAUGUAAGUGAGUCAACAAGUACAGAUUUUUGCUUCCUGUCCUAUUUCAUUAAACUAUACUGAUUCAAGAAAAACUGGCACCUCUCACAGCUACUGUCUUUUUAAGCAACAGGAGGUUGCUUUUACAAGGUUUUAAUUACAAGCUGGUUUACAUUUACCAUUUCUUUCAUAUAUCUUGCUGGCAUCUUUAGUACUGUUAACUUCACUGUUUAUAUCGAUGACUCAGUGCUGUAUUGAAAUGCAUUUGCCUUUUCAUCACAUUGUCACAAAAAAAACAACAAAAAAAAAACAUUUGUGUGUGUUUGUUUUCUGUGUAAGUGUCCAUGGCACAUUUUUGUCAGCCUGUAGAUUGUGUAAAAGAAGCCAAUUCUUUGGCAUUGAGAUAUUUCCUUUCUGUUUCACUCAUGUCAUUGUUUUAUACACUGCAAGCAAAUUGGUGUUGAAGAUGUGAAAUUACAAGUGAACUUGAAUUGUAAUUGUGUCUGGGGUUAUUCAAAGAUUGAAAAGUUAAAUAAAUAAAUAAAUAAAUAAACAAGACUACUUUUCAGCACUGA